GGCCGUGUCAAAGUUCCCCAGUUCUCCCAUAUGAGAGUGUGCUCUGUAGUCAACUUAAGAUAAGACAAAUAUGUGCUCCAUUUUCCUCCUGCUUUUCUUUCCAAGGACGACAUGAAAGAGAUCUUUUGCCUCCCUUCAGUAGCUCAGUAUCAGUGUCACCACCACCAAACCAGCCUGAGACGCCACACGUCUCUGGUGCAUGACGUGCUUGUCUCAAGGUAGGUGAGGAGUAGAAGCAGCCUCACCCUCACACAUGUCGUCACCGUCGAGAGGUGGUGGCGGCGCACCGGAGGAUCAGGGGGCGGGCGGUGAGGCCGGCGUGGAGCGGGGAGGGAGAGGCACGUGGCGCCACGCGGCGUUCCACGUCGCCACGACGAUCGCCACGCCGGCGGCCUACGCCCCCUUGCCCUUCGCCGUUGCCUCCCUUGGCUGGCCUCUUGGUGUUUGCAGCUUGGUUAUCGGGACACUGGUUACAUGGUGCUCAAGCUUGGCUGUGGCCUCGCUGUGGCAGUGGAAUGGAGAGAAGCACACCAGCUACCGGCUCCUCGCAAAGAGCAUCUUCGGUCCAUGGGGCUACUGGUAUGUGUCCUCCUUCCAGCAGGUGGCAUCAGUGGGCAACAACAUUGCAAUCCAGAUCGCAGCCGGCAGCAGCCUCAAGGCUGUGUACAAGCACUACUACGCCGCCGACGACCGCGCAAUGACCCUGCAGCAGUUCAUCCUUCUCUUCGGCGCAUUCGAGCUGCUCCUCUCCCAGCUCCCUGACAUCCAUUCUUUACGGUGGGUCAAUGCUAUCUGCACUGCCAGCACCGUUGGAUUUGCAGCGACAACCAUUGGUGUCACAGUUCAUGAUGGGUAUCGGAUCGACAGAAAGGAAGUCAGUUACAGCCUUCAAGGAACCACUGCUACCAAGAUCUUCAGAGCUUUCAACGCGUUGGGCACGAUAGCAUUCUCCUUUGGUGAUGCCAUGCUGCCAGAAAUUCAGAGCACUGUGCGUGAACCGGUGAGGGCAAACAUGUACAGAGGUGUCUCGGCUGCGUACACGAUCAUCGUCGUGUCCUACUGGACCCUGGCAUUCAGUGGCUACUGGGCAUUCGGUUCUCAAGUCCAGUCCUACAUCCUGUCCUCCCUGACUGCUCCAAGAUGGGCAAUUGUAAUGGCAAACCUUUUUGCAGUCAUUCAGAUUGCAGGUUGCUUUCAGAUAUACUGCAGGCCAACGUUUGCGCACUUUGAAGAGCAGGUUCGGGCGAAGAACAGGAGCUGCAGAUCCUGCCUGUGGCGGCUGAUGUACACUUCUGCAUACAUGGCAGCGAUCACCCUCGUCUCCGCAGCAAUGCCAUUCUUUGGGGACUUUGUAUCAAUCUGUGGAGCAGUUGGGUUCACCCCUCUGGACUUUGUGCUGCCAACAUUGGCACUUAUGAAGACUAGUAAGCUGCCUGAUAACCUAGGAUUGCGGUAUGCUGCGAAGGCGCUCAGCUCUGCUGUCGCCAUCUUGUUCUCCAUCAUAGGAGCACUUGCAUGCAUCGGCGCGGUCAGAUCGAUCGCAAUUGAUGUCAAGACCUACAAGUUCUUCCAUGAUAUGUGAUGACAGUUUUGCAGCAUCAA